UCGCGCCCCACCGGAGCGUCGCCCGCACGUCCAUCGCGCCCGGUUUUUCUCGCGUUUCUCUCGGCGCCGCGUUUUCCGUUUCGACUUUGAUGCUUCGCGCUGGAAUUUCGAACGAGCAGUGAUUUGAAAACCACAUGGAUGGAUAUCCUGGAACUUAAUAAAAUAUCUGUCGUUGCCAAAAAGACAACACAAAAGCAGUCGACCAAAAUGAAAUUGAGCAAAGUAGGAAACCAAACGAAUUCGCAGGAUCCGCAAGCCGUCAAUUCGAGAGUGUUCGUCGGCAAUUUGAAUACAUUCCAAUGCACGAAGACGGACGUGGAGAGAAUGUUCCAACGAUACGGUCGACUAGCUGGUAUAUCGAUGCACAAAGGUUAUGCCUUCGUUCAAUUCACCAAUCCCUUCGACGCUAGAAGUGCCUGUUUAGGAGAGGACGGCAGGACCGUACUUAGUCAAAUUUUAGAUGUAAAUAUGGUCGCAGAGCCCAAGCCGCACCAAACCGGUAGGAAGCGACAAAACGUAGCGAAAACCGGGAACGAUUGGGAUUACUACUAUGACAGUUAUUAUGCUUCCACGGCUUUCCACGUGGGUCCCACGCGACUGGUGCCCCCCAUCAAGCGACAAAGGUUGAUGACCACCACGAGGAACGGCAAAAACCAGUCGCAGAAAAUGACGGUGACGAUUCCGCCUCUCGACCAGUUGAAAAUUUAUAGUAACCAAGAUAUACUAAUAUGCGGCAAUUGCAGAGAGCUCUUCUCCGAACUCCAGGAACUUCUCGAACACAAAAAAACCUACUGCAAGUUGCGCUUCACCUGCAAAUGCGAUUCGAAUAAAUCCAAUUCGCAUCAGGACGAUCCCAACACGUCGACGUCGCUGCUGUGUGUUCAAUGCAAGGACGCCUUCCAAAACGCCUGGGAUUUAAUGGUGCACGCGCAGGCCGCCCACAUGUUGAAUAUUUACGAAUUAGGAGUUCCGUCGAUCACCAACUGCUCGAUAUCGAAUCUACCGAGAGAUAAUAACACACCAGAUAAGGACGAUAAACCCGACGAAGCGGACGACGUGGACGGCGAGAUCGAAGCGGACCCGGAGUUCCUGGAGAACGGGCUGGUGAGCUCGCCCGAUUCGGGGAACUCCCGCAACGACAAAGAGCUGGAGGAGCUGAUGGAGAUGGACAGCGCCCCGAAGACGUGCAUCAUGCACGCCUUGAGCAUCGUGAGCGCGCCGGCGACGCAGCCGGGGGCGUCGCCGCCGCCGCUGGCCGCCGUCGCGCCGCUCACCGAGAACGGGGACGGCUGGAAGCCCCAGGGCCACACGAGGCUGUCGCCCAAACUACAACAGCAACCCUAUUAGUCGGAGUCGUUAUAUAGGCUAAAUUAAAUAUAUAUAUCGUUAUUAUUACUAUAUAUACCUUUGUUUACAGUUCGGUUUAAUUUCCACCCUCGUUUCGCCUCGUUCAAUAUUUGAUGAGGGUCGAAAUUCGGCAUAAGUUUUCGAAACGUUUGUUGACAAUUGCGCCGUGAUUUAAAUUAUGUCCGACGGUGUCUUUCCACUUUACCUGUCGUUAUCGAACUAAUGAAAUUUAAAUUAAGCUAUAUAAACUUAUUAACCGCCAUUUUUUAAUCAAAAAUUCUCGAUUUUUUUCUAUACCUAACCCGUUAAAAGUGCUAUACGAAAAUUCAAAAAUAUUGAACGAGGAUUUUUUUAUAUACAAAAUGUAAACAAACUAUUUUUACAAAAAUUUAAGAUUAGUUAGUGAUCGAUUUAUCAAUCGAGUUCUAACUAAAGUUUAGAUUAACCCGCCUACUCCAAUUUACACUUGUAUUUAACUCAAAAAUUUAUCUCUGUACCUACCUAUAUAUUUUCCCUCGAAACGCUAAAUUUUUUAUAAAGCAAAUAUAAUACAAUUGUAAAAUGGGCUGUAUAGGAAACAUUUCCCAAUUUUCAUAUUAGUAGCUAAUUUAUUUUUGCUCUUUUUAAAUACAUAAGUAGAAAACAAGAACAAUCUCGACCUGUACAUAUUUCUGUGUAAAGAAAUAAACGGACAUAUCAUAUACAUAUACAAAAGAAAAUGAUUUAUUUGUAAAUUUUUCAAAUAUCUUUAGAAAUAGAUGUCAUGGACAUUGAAAAUGUGUUAAAUUGAAGUUCUUAGAUUUAGCAAGCAAUCGAGUGGUAGAUUCGUCGAUCUAAUUAAAUUUCCAUAAAAUUAUAUAAGACUGAUUUUAAAAAUUCACCUUGUUAUCCCACUUCUGAACAUUACAGGCAAAGUAUUCAAACUGUGUUAAAAAAUUAAUAUCGAAGAUCGAUGGAUUUUGCACUUUCAUUGCAACAACAUGAAAUACAAAUAAUGUUUUAUUGUAUAAUAAAAUUAGAGAGAAAGAAAAAUAUUAGAGUUUCGUACGCGAGAAAGAGACCAAAUUGUUUAUUAUUUCGACGUUUAACGUUUUUAAAAUCUAUUAUCAAUAGAAAUUAAUUAAUCUGUUUAGUAAUCUGUAAGUUAUGAAUUAAAUAAUAUAUCGAUUAAAGUUAAUAAAUGUCAUAGAAUUUUUUUCGUAUACAUUACAUAAGUACAUUUAUUAUUUCGUACAUAUCAACUUGUACUAAAUUUCAAUGUAAAUACCUCCAAUUAUAAUUAAAAAUAAUUCACGCGACGAUGGGAAACGCUGAUAUAAAGCGUAAAUAUUUGCUUACAACUUUAAUAAUAGCAAAAACCAUUGUAUUUAACUAGUCCCUUUGCCUUUUUCGUUUGCUUUCUAUGACAUUUAUGUGUACAUUACGACUCGUUUAAUUUUUUUGCAGCGAAUGGUUGGAGAGAUAACAUUAUCGAAAACAAUUGUAAAUAGAAUUAAAUAAGAAAUACUCCAGCCGUUUAAUUUGUUAUUACGGAAAGGAUUGAAAUUCAUGCAUUCUACUGGGUCGUUUCAUUUGAUGAUUAUUUUUGAUAAUGAAGCAGCCUGCAUAAUUUAUUUUUACUUUGAAUAGUAUUUGUUGAAAGUAUGUUAUAUCGCUUUUUGUAUUAUACUAAUGUUAUUUUUGUAACUUGAUGAGUAAAGUAAAAUUCGUAAAAACCGCCGUAUGACCAAUAUACCAGGAUGGUUCAAUAUUGGUGCAAAAACAUUGAUGAGUGAAAUUGUGGUAGUUUUUUUUAUGUGAAAAAAUCUCUGCCUCUCUGAGGUAGCAUUUUUAUUUUUCGCAUCAAUUUUGAAUUAUCCAGCAUAUCCCUUUAUCCAUACAAUCAUUAAAUAAAAAAACAAAGUAUAAAAAAUUUGCCUUUUUCGAAUGAUGUUAUUAAUUAUGAAUGAAUAGCUUUCGUUUCGGUAGCGUCGCUAAUGAUGUUAUGUACCUCUAUGUAAGUAAAGGAGUACUUCUAUUAUGUACUAAUCAUUGGUAAAUAUAUGUCCUCU